UAGAUUUUUGUUAUUGUUGAAAUGAGAUGGUUACAGUUUUGUUGAGGUUUUUUUGUAAAUAAACUAACAUUAGUAAUUAUUUAGGUUUUGCUCCGUCACAGUUUUAUGAAUUUUAACUAAAAUAUGUCCAUUGAAAUGAUUUUCAAGUUAUCGGGACUUGUGGUUCUGUCAAGUUUACCCUUUUUGUUUACACUAAAUGGUGACUUCGUUUUCGACGAUUCCGAAGCCCUAUUGAAAAAUAAUGAUAUCAAAUCAGAAUCUUGGACGGACUGCUUUUACAAUGACUUUUGGGGUACAAACAUUAAAAGUGCUGUAAGUCAUAAAUCAUAUCGGCCUUUAACUGUUCUAAGUUUUCGGCUCAACUACAUUUGGAACAAUCGUCAGCUUACAGUAUUCCCUUUCAAAGUAACCAAUUUGUUAUGCCAUAUUGUGUGCUGUUUACUUGUGUGGAGGACAUUUCAAAAAAUUCUCAAUACAUGUAGUAGUACUUCAUUAAAUGCGAUUGACAUUAGUUAUUUUGCUACAUUGCUGUUUGCUGUGCACCCCAUUCAUGUGGAAGCAGUAUCUGGUAUUGUUGGAAGAGCUGACCUAUUGUGUGCGAUAACAUUUUUCAUCGCUUUUCUUCUGUACAAUAAAGCUAUGACUAAUGACAAGUUCUCAUUCGUAACUUUGCUACUUUCUGUCUCGAUGGCAGCAAUUUCUAUGCUAUUUAAAGAAAAUGGAGUUACAGUCUUGGGUUUCUGCUUGUUUUAUGAAGUAAUUAAUGCCCUAGACAAAAGUAAAGAAGAUCUCAAGAAUCCUAGAAACAUAUCGAGAAUGGGGAUACUAUGUGUAUCCAUAGUGCUAUUAUUAUAUGCCAGGUGGACUGUGAUGGGAGGCACCAAACCUAAAUUCAGCCAUCUUGAUAAUCCUGCAGCAUUUUCUGACAGUUUAUUUAGAAAGAUUGCAACAUACAACUACAUUUACUUUAUAAACUUUCUUAUACUUAUUUGGCCCCAAUGGCUAUGCUGUGAUUGGUCCAUGGGAUGUAUACCAUUGAUCAAAAAAGUCACUGACGUCAGACUUUUAUUUAUAUUGCUUUUAUAUGCAUAUGCCAUUGCAUUAUUAGUUGCAAUAUUUGAAAUAAAAAACAAAGUGUUUUCAAGGCCUCUUUUGCUGAGUGCAGCUUUAAUGGUGAUCCCCUUUAUACCGGCUGCAAACAUAUUUUACCCUGUUGGAUUUGUGAUCGCCGAGAGGAUAUUCUACAUUCCUUCUGCUGGAUAUUGUUUAAUUAUUGUCAUAGGACUUAAUAAGAUUAUUUUGAGUAGAAACCAGUACAAGAUGGGUGUAUUUUGUUACGGUAUUUUAUUACUAAGCAUGGGACUUAGAAGUUGGCAGAGGUCAUACGACUGGCAGAAUGAGUAUCAGUUAUUCACGAGUGGUGUCUCUGUUUGCCCACGCAAUGCCAAGAUUCAUUACAAUGUCGCCAAAGUGGCAGAUGCCAACAAUGAAACUAAGUUUGCUAUGCAAUCCUACAGGCAGGCAUUGAGGUAAUGUGAAAGCUGAAAAUCGUAAAGCCCGGUUUCCACUACGCUCCGUCGCGCGCAUAGAAGUAUUUUGAAUAACUAAUCAAAUUCCAUUAUUUAUUUGCACAUUUCCACUCCACUCCGCUUCGGUGGAAAUGGAUCGAACGGUGAAGUGUCGGGCGCACUGGU